AUGAUGCUGCCAGAUUCUGUAGAAAGCCACCGCCGAAGGCCACCACCACCCAUUAACAGAGCCACCACAUUGCCUAAGCUUCAGCCAACCACAGAACAAACCAACCCCGACCGACAACCCAUCACCCUCCUUAGCCCAACGCCGUCGGAUUCCGCCAAAAGCCAUCGCCGAAGGCCACCGCCACCCAUGAACAAAGCCACCGCACUACCUAAGGUUCAACCCACCAUAGAACAAACCACCCCUGACCCACAAAGCCAUCACUGCUUGUAUCCACCACAAAACUGCCAUCCAUGGACUAUAGCUGUGAACCAUCACCAACCUGAGCCUAGAUUGCCAUCGUUUUUGGCCAAACCGACACAAACUUGGCCGCUCCACUGGGAAGCACUACCAGGUAUGGAGUUCCGCCGUCAAAGGCCGCCGCCCCAACCUCUAGAUCGACGUCCUAUGUCGAUGAAAACCCAAAUGCAUUUAGAACAAGAUCCUUAA